AUGGCCAAGCUUCUAGGCUUCUCCAGGAGCCCGCGAGAGGCGCAGCACACCAAUGAGAUGUCGCAGGGCGAGCGCGCCUUUGUGUGGCGGCUCGACAUCUUCCUGCUGACGUUUGGCUGCAUCUCGCAAGUCAUCAAAUUCCUCGACCAGUCCAACAUCAGCAAUGCCUACGUCUCCGGCAUGAAGGAAGACCUCAACCUGUACGGAAAUGAGUUGAAUUAUUUCACGACAUACUUCAACAUCGCAUACUGCAUCAUGCUGAUCCCGUCACAAAUCAUCCUCACAUAUGUCAGACCCAGCUGGUGGCUCCCGUCCCUGGAAGUGAUAUGGGGCAUCAUCACUGGCCUCAUGGCCAUAACCACUAACGCCACUCAAGUGUACAUCCUCCGUGUCUUCCUUGGGUUGUGCGAAAGCGCGGCGUACCCGGGCAUGAUUACCCUCUUUAUGUACUGGUACACCCCGGUUGAGAUGGCCAAGCGUAUUGGCUUCUACCACUCUUGCCAGGCCAUAGGUCAGAUGAUGUCGGGUGCCAUGCAGGCUGCCAUUGUAGACACCCUGGGCGGUAGAUACGGUCUGACUGGAUGGAGGUGGCUUUUUGUCAUAAACGCCAUCAUCACGGUGAUAUGGGGCCUCGCAGGAUACGUUAUGAUCCCCGACUCUCCAUACAAGCCGAAUCCCUGGGCCUUUUGGUUCACGGAGAAGCAUGCCGAGUUUUCCAGGAUCCGCCUCGAGAGGACCAAUCGCGUCGACUCCAAGCCAAUUACUUGGGCCGCCGCCGUCUGGGUCGUCUACGUUAUUGCAAUUCUUUACAUCGCCAUGGUUCUUGGAACCUCGGGUUACAACUAUUUUGGCCUGUUCCUCAAGUCCAUUCUCAACAGUGACGGGACCCGGCGAUGGACAACCUCUCAAGUCAACUUGAUUCCAAUCGGCGGCAGUGCAAUCAACGUCGUGUUCGUUUGGAUAUGGGCGUUUUUGUCUGACGCAUUGCGCACGCGAUGGCUUCUCAUCGUAGCCCAAGCGUUCAUCGGAAUCAUUGUCGGCAUCAUCCUCAGCAUCUGGACCUCGCAUCCAACCGGAACGCCACUCUCGGCGGCCUACGCUGGAUACUUUCUGUCUCACAUCCCGCUCGGUACCGCACCGUUGAUCUGGUCAUGGCUAUCUGACCUAAAGCCGCAGGAUCCGGAAGAGCGAUCCCUGACUGUUGGUGCCGCCAUUGCCGGCUACUACUCGAUCUCAGCCUGGAGCCAAGUGCUCGUUUGGCCCGCCAGUCAAGCGCCGUAUUAUAAAUACGGAUGGCAGUCUGCCAUUGCGCUACUGACACUUGUGAUAAUUCUCACGGUCAUACUACGCAUCUAUGAUGUCAAGUACCUGCUGCCACAGCGAAACAUGUUCUUCGAGGCAGCUCGCGAUAAACAGGACUGUGCCAACGAGACUUCCGCUCAGGCUGUGGAUGAUAAGGGCGAUGGCAUCACUUCUGUGCGAGCAGCCUAA